AUGCAUGUAUAUCUUGAUGACUUGUUCAUUUAUAGUGACAGCAUUCAAGAAGAUGAAAAACACUUAGCACUUGUAUUUGGUAAACUUUAUGAAAACCAGCUAUUUAUGAAGGCAGAAAAGGUUCAACUUUACACUGAUAAAAUGAACUGCCUUCAUCAUCUUCCUCAGAACUACAAUGAUACUGAGAAAUUCCUUGGACUAGUGAAUUAUCUCAUUCACUUUCUAUCAGAUGUGACUGCAUAUACUGCUCCUCUAUCUGAAAUGACAAAACAUGGAUGGCCUUUCUACUGGUGCCCACUCUAUUCUAAGUUCACAGACAGCCAGCAUAAUUACUGUGUUUUUGAAACUGAAACUCUAGCCAUGCUUGAAGCCAUUCUUAACUGUCAUAUUUAUGUUCUAUCAAACUCUCAAAUGCAGUGGAUAGAAUAUCUCUCAUGCUUUGACUUUGAUAUCACAUAUGUGAAGGACCUACCUCUAGGAUGUAAGAAAGAGGCCAAGAAAAUGGUUGUCCAAUUUCAUGUGAUAAAACCACAUCAAGAGUUUAAAUGCUUCACAGGAAAGCAUGAAACUCAAGAUCUUGAAGCUGAAGAAAUGAAGAAUGCUGGGGAACACAAUAAACCUGAACCCAUUCAAUCAUCUAAUAACAAUCCUACUGUCUUUGACUCUAGAGACAAUGAGAAAAACUUACAGACUGUUAUGGAUAUGGACCCUACAUUCAUAUCUGAUGUAUUGUCUUUAUAUUCCUCAGAUCCCAUAUUUUCAAAGGUGCUCAAAGCUUCCAAUGAUCAUCCUUGCUUUUUCAUUGAAAAAGGCUUAAUUUAG